AAAUAUAUUUAUGUAAAUUUCAGACAUGUAGACCACAGUCAAAUUAUAGAUAACCUCCGGCAUCCGGCCGAUUAUCUUGAAUAUCUUUGAUUUGUAUAUAUGGCGUAUCGUUAUCUCAUUGUUGCCCUUAUCAUUAUAUAGUUUUAUAAUUUUGCUUUUGGUUCCAAAUCAACUAUAAACGUCAUUACUCAUUAUUACUCAGUACUCACCAUUCACUACUCACUAGUCAGUUAGCCAGUACUUAUUUAGUAUUUUUAUUGCUCACUUGUUUGUUACUCAGUUGGACUUUGCUUCUGUUGGUCGUCCGAUUUAUCAUCAAUUGUUAAAACAUUAAGUUGGCGGUUGCAAUAGCGAUAUGAAUAUAUUUAUAGCUACAACAUAGAGUAACUCUGAGCUACAAACUGAUGACAGUUGAAGUGCCUGGACGUUCUCAGUUCUCACUCAAUGUCAAUAAGGUUUAGUAUUUAGAACGCCAACGAUGGGCAAUAUACUCGCGAGAUUUAAAAAAAAAAAAGAUACAAAAGCAGUUUUGGAAUCCUUAGAAGAUGAAAUUAUGUAUAUUGAAAAUAUGACUUCAAAUACUUCACCAAUAAAUUAUUAUAAAAUAGUUUUCCAUUCAGCUCUCAUGUAUGGAUUUAUUUAUAUACUUUAUUAUUUUGGUAUAAUUCCUUAUGAACUAUUUAAAAAUAACUAUAUCAUGGCUGUUUUUGCAGCAUAUCCAAUCAUAGCUCUUUAUUAUUAUAAAUUUGAUGUUUGGUAUUAUAAUCGAAAAAUAGUAACAUAUAAAAAAAAAUUAAUAGAAUUAAAAUCUGUAAAGAAAAAAAUACUUGAUGAGGUAAUGGAAAAAGAAACAUUUAAAGUUGCAAAAGAAAUUUUAGAAAAAUAUGCUCCCCAUCAACUUCAAUCCAUGACUUCUCAAAACUUUAUUAACCAAAGAGCACUUCCGUCUACAAACAAUAGGCCACCCUAUGCUUCUUCUGGUAGACCAAUGAAUAGGGCAUCGAAUAUGGGUCAUCCACCAGCAAUAAUGUCAUCAGCAGUUAAGCCAAGGUUAGCUCUUCCAAGACCAGUUCUUUCGAGGGACCGUACAAUAUUCGACCGUUUAGCUGAUAAAGUUCUAGGUGAUGGACCUCAAAAUCGAUAUGCUUUAAUUUGUAGAACAUGUGGCUCUCAUAAUGGAAUGGCUCGUAAAGAAGAAUUUGAUUUCUUAGCAUAUAGAUGUGCAUAUUGUUCUCAGUGGAAUCCAUCUCUUAAACCUAGACCUCAGUUAGCAAUUAGUUAUAACAACAAUGCAUUAACACAAAACGGGUAUGUUGCAUCUACUGAAACCAUUGAAGAAAUAACUGAUGAAAUGUCAAAAACUGAUUCAGACACAAAUGAUAGUGAACAUUCUGAACAUAAAGAUUUAAUAAUUAACAAUUCAGGUCCCACAAUUGAAGAGGUGGUGGAUCCAUCACAUGAUUUAAAAUCUAAAACUGAAGAUGAAGAAGAAUCAAAAGAUAAUUCUACAUCAGUAGCUGAAGAAUCAUUGCAACUUCAAACAUAAUAAAAUAAAACCAACCAUUGUGGGGAAGGAGCAAUGAAAUGGUGUUUCUAAUUAAUUUAAUAUUUGUUGAUGUUUUAAAUUUAAUAUUAAACAGAGGUAGCAAUUAACUCCAUAAUAAUGGUAAUAAUUAUUAAAAACUUUUUUAACUAAGUGUCUAAUAUAACAUUUGUUCACAAUUUAAUAAUGUAUACAGGGUAUUUAAAUAUUAUAUUUUUUAAUUUUUAUGAUAUAAUCAAUCAUAACUUUGAAUAUUUGUUAAAAAAAUAAUGUAUUCUAAAAGUAUUUAUUAAUACUUUACUAUUAAGGAGAAUUGUAUGUAUUCUAUGAUAGAAUUUCUAUCUCUUGGUUGAUGUAAUACAUAUAUAUAUUUUUUUAUUACUGACUGAUAAAUAUAAAUACAUACAUUGGUUAAUUCUUUAGAUUGUUUUUGUAAAUAUUAGAUUGUAAGAAUCGAAAUAGUUUCAGCUAUAAAAGAGUUUUAAAAACUAGUUAUUGUGGUAUAAAAAUACUAGUCAAUGCACUGCUAUUGUACACUAUGUUUGAACAAACAAAUUAUACUGUUAAUUCCAAUAAACAAAUAUAAUUUUCCUUGAA